AAGAUUAAAUUUUAUUUAGGAAGUAACCACCAACAUAAUUUUCGUUACUUGCCCAAAGUUAAUUUGAUAAAAAAUUUAUUGGUAUGGCAAAUAAUCGCGCUAUAUUCAACCCAAAUAUAUCGUUGGACUUUUAUUCGUAUAUCAUCAAUCGGACCGUAAGUGUUGGCAAAUAUGAAGAGCUGUUUCAUAUUAUUGUGUUUACUAUUCUUUACUACCGAGGAAAUUUUCAGUCAAGAAAAUGAGCCAAACCGAAGCUAUCAAGCGUGUCGGACCCCAAAUGGUAAUUCCGGCCACUGCAAGCAUGCCUCUCAAUGUUCUCAAUCUGAAUUCAAACAAAAUUUACUGAAUCUCAUUGGCCAUUUGUGUAUAAUUGAACAAAGUAAAAUCGGAGUUUGUUGCCUUGAUAGUUUGAUGACAUCAUUCCCACAACAAGGCAAUGCAUGGGACACAAACGAUAUUGUGAUGGGAAAGGAGUCAAAUGAUGCAUCGAAAAAUUCUCGAGUUCGACCAGAAGAGCGAGGCUGUGGACUUUCAACUAAAUCUUAUUCGAAAAUAACUGGAGGAAGACCGGCUGACCCAAGCGAAUGGCCUUGGAUGGCGGCCCUAAUUCGAAGAGGUGUACCACACACAUUUUGUGGAGGGGUUUUGAUCACAAAUCUGCAUGUCUUAUCUGCAGCGCAUUGCAUUUACAGAUACGAUAAAAAUGAAAUAACCAUUCGGCUCGGUGAAUACAAUUUCAAUAAAAAAAAUGAAACGCGAUCACGAGAUUUUAGAGUUUUGGAAAUUCGUCAACAUAUUGACUUCGAUGAAACCACUUACGAUAACGACAUUGCCAUUUUAAAACUCCACCAAUCGGUUUUAUUCAAUUCGUACAUUUGGCCCGUGUGUAUGCCACCGACAGGAGAAACUUUUGCCGGCUGGACUGGAAUUGUAACAGGUUGGGGUUCUCAAUUUUUUGGAGGUCCGAGCUCCGAUGUUCUUAUGGAAGUAUCGGUACCAAUUUGGAAUCAGCCAGAUUGCCAGAAUGUUUUCAUCGAACGUAUUGGGGAAAAUGUUCUCUGUGCUGGUUCAGUGGAAGGAGGUCGUGACUCAUGUCAGGGCGAUUCAGGAGGUCCACUACUUGUACAGCUUCCAAACAAACGUUGGGUUACAAUUGGUAUUGUUUCAUAUGGGAUUCGAUGCGGAGAAAAAAAUCAUCCUGGUGUUUAUACACGCGUUAAUUCAUAUUCAUCAUGGAUUAUUGAGAACGCAGUAUUUUGAGAAAUAGUGUAAAAAAUCUGUGCAAACAAAUAAAUUGAAAGUAAAAUCAAAUAUUGUAUAGAGUUUGAUUAU